CCGUAGUGUGACGUAUUUCCUGAGAGACGGACAGGUACAGUGAACGGCAAUGGGUCAAAGCCAGAGUGGUGGACAUGGACCCGGGGGUGGGAAGAAAGACGAUAAGGACAAGAAAAAGAAAUACGAACCACCGAUUCCCACCAGAGUAGGGAAAAGGAAGAAGAAGUCAAAGGGACCCGAUGCUGCCAGCAAGUUGCCUUUAAUAACCCCCCACACUCAGUGCAGACUGAAACUCUUGAAGCAGGAGAGAAUUAAAGAUUAUCUGCUGAUGGAAGAAGAGUUCACCAGGAACCAAGAACAGAUGAAACCUUUGGAAGAAAAGCAGGAGGAAGAGAGGUCUAAGGUUGAUGACCUGAGGGGAACUCCGAUGUCCGUGGGGACCCUGGAAGAGAUCAUAGACGACAACCAUGCCAUUGUCUCCACGUCCGUGGGGUCGGAGCACUACGUCAGCAUCCUGUCCUUCGUGGACAAGGACCUGCUGGAGCCUGGCUGUUCUGUCUUACUCAACCACAAGGUGCACGCAGUCAUUGGGGUGCUGAUGGACGACACAGACCCGCUGGUCACUGUCAUGAAGGUGGAGAAGGCUCCACAGGAGACAUACGCUGACAUCGGGGGCCUGGACAACCAGAUUCAGGAGAUAAAGGAAUCGGUGGAACUACCCCUAACCCAUCCUGAGUACUAUGAAGAGAUGGGGAUCAAGCCUCCAAAAGGAGUCAUUUUGUAUGGCCCACCUGGAACAGGGAAGACGCUGCUAGCCAAGGCAGUUGCAAACCAGACCUCGGCCACGUUCCUGCGGGUGGUGGGGUCAGAGCUUAUCCAGAAGUACCUGGGGGAUGGUCCCAAACUAGUCCGGGAGCUCUUCAGAGUGGCAGAGGAACAUGCCCCCUCCAUAGUGUUCAUCGAUGAGAUUGAUGCCAUCGGGACAAAGAGGUAUGACUCUAACUCUGGUGGUGAGCGUGAGAUCCAGAGGACCAUGCUGGAGCUCCUCAACCAGCUGGACGGCUUCGACUCCCGGGGAGACGUCAAAGUCAUCAUGGCUACCAACAGGAUAGAGACCCUGGACCCUGCCCUCAUCCGGCCAGGAAGAAUUGAUCGUAAGAUUGAGUUCCCCCUACCGGAUGAGAAGACCAAGAAAAGGAUCUUCCAGAUCCACACCAGCAGAAUGACCGUUGCAGAGGAUGUGACGCUGGAUGAUCUCAUUAUGGCUAAGGACGACCUCUCUGGGGCAGACAUCAAGGCGAUCUGCACAGAGGCCGGGCUCAUGGCGUUGAGAGAGCGCAGGAUGAAAGUCACGAACGAAGACUUCAAGAAGUCGAAAGAGAACGUACUGUACAAGAAACAGGAGGGCACCCCCGAAGGCCUGUACCUCUAACCUCUGCUGCCAGCCCCGACCCCCCCCAAAUCUGCUGCUGCCACGCCUUCACGCAGGGCCCAUAUGUUAACUCUGUUUUCUCCUGAUAACGCUUUUGAUAUGUGUGUGUUAAUGUUACCUAUAUGAUCGAUGCAAAUUGUAUGGACUAGAUGAAUUGAUUUGACAAUAAAAUGUUGGAUUUGAA